GAGCGGUGACCCGGAUGUAGCGGCGCUCUACCUCCACUCGUCUGAUCCUCUUAUCAGCGAAAGGCGGCCGAGAUGGAUGUUGUCAACCAGCUGGUGUCCACUGGGCAGUUCACAGUCAUCAAACAGCCAUUAGGGUUCAUUAAAAUCUUACAAUGGUUCUUUGCCAUCUUUGCGUUCUCCACCUGCGGCGGUUACUCUGGAGUGUUUCGUAUGAGCGUGGAGUGUCACAACCGCUCAGAGAGUGACCUGAACAUCGAGGUUGAGUUUGGCUACCCGUUCAGACUGCACCAGGUAUGGUUUGAUGCUCCUACGUGUAAAGGGCCGGAGCCUGAACGUCUGUUUCUGGUGGGAAACAACUCUUCCUCUGCUGAGUUCUUUGUCACCAUCGGAGUCUUUUCCUUCCUUUAUUCAAUGGCAGCCAUUUCUGUGUACAUCUUCCUCCUGGAGAAAUACCGCGAGGGAAACAAAGGAGCUCAGGCUGAUUUUGUGGUGACAGCUAUUUUUACCUUUAUGUGGUUGGUGAGUUCAUCGGCGUGGGCCAAAGGUCUCUCGGAUGUGAAGAGGGCCACUGACCCUGAUGAGGUCAUCAACCUCAUCCCUGCGUGUGACCGCGAGGAAAACCGCUGCAAAGAAAUCCAUGAGCCCGUGAUGUCCGGCCUAAACACUUCUGUGGCAUUUGGCUUCUGUAAUGUGGUGCUGUGGGCAGGGAACCUGUGGUUCGUCUUCAAGGAAACCGGUUGGCUUGCAUCCUUUGCUGGCACUUACAUGCCGUCAGGAGAGAAGCAGCCAGCACCAGACUCCAUCGGCCAGGGCUAUGGGCAAGAAGGUUAUGGCCAGGAACCUUACGCCAGCUCUCAGGGCGGGUACCAGCCCGACUACGGCCAGCAGGGCGGUGGAUAUGAAGGCGGAGGCUAUAAUCAGUAUGGUCAGGGUGAGCCCACCUCCUUCUCCAAUGAGAUGUGAGCUCCAGCUCUGCACUGAUCACAGCACAGCAUGGUCAUGUGAUCAGCAUGCAUGGAAACUACUAGCUACUAUAUGUUUCCUCUCUCUUCAGUCUUUCUGUAUGAGCAAAUGGGUUUAAAGGGAAGGGGUGGGUGAGGGCUAAAGCACAUUGAAGAAAUCUUAGCAGGGUUGUUACUAAAUCAUAGCUAAAGGAAAAUGCUUUGGACCCAGGAGGAGGUGAGACCCUCAUUUCAACAUGAAGUCUAUCACAUCAAAUUCAGCGGGAGAUUAUCCAUCCUAUUAUGAUAAGCAAAAACUUGAAUAUGCUACCAAAAAAAAAAGAAUGAAACCUAUGUUACAUACGGGGAGCCGUUUGAAUGAAUUAUAUAUGAAUUAUAGUCAUAUACUGAAUGUGUUUGUCUGUGUGGUGUAAAUAUUAAUUAUAUUUAAAUAGAUAUACCGUAUUGUGAAUUUAACUGUUGCUUUUUUUGUGAUUUCACUUGUAGUCUCCACAUUUGUUUUGUUUUUAUUUAUUGUAGUGGUGUUGUUUCUACACCACCUUCAUCGUUCAACCCACAGAACUGACCUUAAACCUCUUACUGAAUGUGUGUUUUUCUUUUUUAUUUGUGUGAAACUUUAUUUUAAGGUUCGUGAGAACACAAAGAUUAAAUAGUGUAACAGUAAUGUGUCAAUCUCUACUAAAAGUGUUAACAAAAGUCAGUAGUUUUAGAUAAAACUGGUAUAGGGAG